AACAGAGCAGAGAGCUCGCUCGACACAAACAAAAAUGGCGCUAAACCUCUUCUUAUCCCCUUCACUCCCCUUUUUCACUUCAAACCCUAAAUCUAAUCCUCCAUUUUCAUUCUCAUCAUUCCCUUACUCCAAUCUUCAUCUGUUCCAAUCUCAUCAUUUUCAUCAAGUCUCUCUACUCUCUCAAUCUCAAAACCCUAUAUUCCUUCCCUAUCUUCAAGAACAGGAACAAGAAGAAGAGAAGCAACUAAAAUUAAACCUAAUAGAAGAAGAGAAAUUACUUAAGAAGAAAAAAUUAGAAGAAAUUGAAUCAUUAGAAGACCCAAUUGAGAGAUUUUUUAAAGCUAGAGCUGAAUUUGAUUCUGAAGAUCCUCAUAAUGAAGGUAGAAUCAAUUUACAAAAGAAUCGUCGGUCAGCGUGGCACUUAGCUGAUAUUAAAUCCAUGGAUACCAUUGAAGAAUUUGAUGAUGAAUUGACUUUGGAUUCUGGGGGCACCAGCGACGCUGGAAGUGGUGGAGGGAUUGUGGAAGAAAUACUUGAACUUGCGAGAAAUGUACCGGAGAAUAUGACUCUAGGUGAGGUAUUAGGUUCUUCGGCUUCUAGUUAUGGAGGGAAGAUUGGAGAAACUGAAUGUAUUGAGAUUUUGAGUUUAAUGGGAAAAGAAGGUCUUGUUAUUAGUUGUUUGUAUUUUUUUGAAUGGAUGGGAGUUCAGGAAGUGUCGCUUGUUUCACCUAAGGCAUAUAAUGUAAUGUUUGGUAUUUUGGGUUUGGCUAGGAAAGGGGAGAAGUUGAUGAUACUGUUUAGGAAUUUGCCAUCUACCAAGGAAUUCAAGGAUUUACGCGUUUAUAACUCGGCAAUGUCUGGAUUGUCAUGUUGUGGGAGGUAUGAUGAUGCUUGGAAAGUUUUCGAAGAAAUGGAAAUGGCUAGCAUCCAGCCAGAUCAUGUGACAUGCUCGAUUUUAAUAACGGUUAUGAGGAGAAGUGGGCGUAGUGCCAAAGACGCGUGGGAGUUUUUUGAGAAAAUGAACAGAAAAGGAGUUAAGUGUAGUCUAGAAGUUUUAGGUGCUAUUAUAAAAUCUUUCUGCAAUGAGGGGCUGAAAAAGGAGGCCCUUAUUAUUCAGUCAGAUAUGGAGAAAAGAGGCAUUUCAUCUAAUGCCAUCAUAUAUAACACCUUGAUGAAUGCUUAUGCUAAAAGUAACCAGAUUGAAGAAGCAGAAGGUCUUUACACAGAGAUGAAAGACCGGGGAAUUCAACCUACCUCCGCUACCUAUAACAUACUAAUGGAUGCAUACAGCAGAAGAAUGCAGCCUGAUAUCGUUGAAGAUUUGCUUCUAGAGAUGCAGAAUUUGGGAUUGGAACCAAAUGUCAAGUCAUAUACCUGUCUUAUAAGUGCUUAUGGGAGGCAGAAGAAAAUGAGUGACAAAGCUGCGGAUGCUUUUUUGAGGAUGAAAAAGGUCAGGAUACAACCAUCUUCACAUUCGUAUACUGCCCUAAUCCAUGCAUACUCAGUUGAUGGAUGGCAUGAGAAGGCGUAUGCUGCGUUUGAGAACAUGAAAAGGGAAGCAAUAAAACCCUCGAUAGAAACAUAUACUGCACUUCUUGAUGCAUUUAGGCGAGCAGGUGAUACUGAAACACUUAUGAAAGUUUGGUACUUGAUGAGAAGUGAUAAAGUCGAAGGGACACGUGUUACGUUCAACAUUCUCGUUGACGGAUUUGCAAAACAAGGUCUCUAUGCUCAAGCAAGAGAUGUGGUCUCUGAGUUUGGAAAAAUUGGUCAUCAGCCAACUGUGAUGACAUAUAAUAUGCUGAUGAAUGCUUAUGCACGAGGAGGGCAACACUCAAAGCUGCCACAGCUUUUGAAAGAGAUGGCUGCUCUCAAUCUGCAACCUGAUUCUGUCACAUAUUCUACGAUGGUAUAUGCCUAUGUACGUGUCCGUGAUUUCAGAAGGGCCUUUUAUUAUCACAAGCAGAUGGUGCAAAGCAAACAAGUGCCUGAUCCAAGAUCCUAUCAGAAGCUGAGGUCGAUUUUGGAUGUCAAAGCUGCAACAAAGAAUAAGAAGGACAGAAGUGCCAUAUUGGGCAUUGUUAACAGUAAAAUGGGCUUGCAGAAACCUAGGAAAAGUAAGAAAGACGAGUUCUGGAAGAACAAGAAAAGAUGAUUGGCCACAGACAGUUCCUUUUACUACCGGAAUUGGAUUAUGGUUCUCUUGUCUUCCUUACUUAUGUCACUACAGCUUUAGGCCACGAGCGAACUAUCCUGGUGCAUUUUUGUUUUCUGAAUGAUCGUUGAAUUGCACUGGCAUGUAAGGUACAAGGCUCUUCAUCAUCACUGGGUCAAUGCUCAGUUUGUGAUUGAAUUAUCUGCAGAUCUGGUCACGUCAGGUUGCCUAAUGGCACCACCAGGUACUCUUACAGUUUCACAUUUCGUAGUUUUCUUGAUGUUCGAAAAGAGUUAUUUCUAACAUGUGAUAUUGUUAGCACCAAAAUAGAAAAUCGAAGUUCCUCACAGCUGAAUAACUGAUCAAGCUAUUAUGUCCAUCAUAAGAUUUUGCAGGCUGGUUGGAAGAUAUAAACAACAACACCAAAAAUUACAUGAUAUCACGACAUUGACAAUUCUACCUGCUCGGUAAAGUCAUCUGAAACGUUUUGCUUCUAUGCGGAUGUAGUCAGUAGUCUUUAACAGAAGUAUUCGCAUUUCAGGUGUAAUCAUCAGUGGAUUGUUUUGUUUAACAUUCUCAAUCUUUAUACUAAUGUAAUAGUAGAAUUAGGAGAUAAACUAUAGUAUUGAGCUUUCAGAUUACCAAACUAAGACAAUUUCUUUGGUUUUUGUAUUCCAUGAAUCAGCUUGUAAUAUGUGGUGUCCAUGUAACAGUAUAUCCUUAAAAUACACCUUACAUUA